AUGGCGCCCAUAAACGAUCAACCAGCGAAGCGCCGAAAGCCUCUGCCUCAGGGCAGUGCUGAUUCUCGUGAUCUCCUUGAUGUAGGUAGCGAGAUACUCAUGGUCAAGGUUGGGGGUGGCGACGACCCUGUCGAACCGAACGUAGCAGGCGAAAAUUGCGACAAGCCCGAGCACAACAACGAAAGUAACGACAGCGAUACCGACACGGACAGCGAUACCGACUCAGACGUUUCCGAGGAGCGCAUCUUUCACAUCCACAAAAGCGUUCUCUGCAAGACAUCCGCCUUCUUCCAAAAUGCAACGAAGCCAGAAUGGACUGCUCCAACACCGCGCCCUAUAGAUCUUUCUGACGAGCUUCCAGAAAUCUUCCAUUUGUAUGUGCAAUGGUUGUACAGUGGAAAGAUCGCCGUCGAGAUCAUGUCCUCCAGUGACUCGGAUACGGAAGUUCGCAAACACGAGAACGUGGAUUAUCAUUCACUAAUUCAGUCGUACAUACUUGGAGAGAAGCUCAUGGAUACCACAUUUCAGAACGCAGUACUGCAAUGUUUGAUUGAGUGCGUAGAGCAAGCAGACUGUUUUCCCGGUGACCGGACCAUCAAGACGGCCUAUAAGCGCACGAUAAAGCACUCGCCUCUUCGUAAAUUGCUGGUCGACUUCUGGGUGUGGCACGGCGACUCUGAGGGGGCGGCUGAUGACAUGAAUUUGAGCCUGGGGACCGACUUCACGAACGACUUACUUAAGGCCAUGCUUGAAGCGCGUCCUAGUCCGGACACGAGUGCAGAGAAGGUCCAGCCUCCUUGGCUGACACAUCCGGAGAUCUACAGCAUAAAGGGUAACAAGAAGACCGCCAAAGACACCAGCAACAGCGGAGAUGUCGCCAAGGAGUAG